AUGGCUCACGAAGAAACCAACAGGCCAGAUUCAUCAUUCCCGCUGGCCAGUCUGGCGCAAGAUGGCUGGUCAACGAAGGAUGAAGCAACAGCGACAUGCUAUUGCGGCGCUGUACAACUAGCGUUUCCUCUGUCUAAACCAGGAUAUCUUUUCAGCUUUGUCUGCCACUGCAGUGACUGUCGGAAAAUCACGGCUUCAAUGUUUUCCUCUGGCUUCCUUAUUCUCGACACACACUUAAGACACGUUCGUGGGGAAGAAAAUCUUGCGGAAUUCAGCCAAUCCGGAACAAUUGAGCGCAAAGGGAAUGUCAUGGCCAAUUUCUUUUGUAAAACGUGUGGGUCACUGAUGUACCGAAGGGCUGGGAGUUAUCCAGGGGUUAGUCUACUGAGGAUUGGCACUGUGGAUGAUUUCAAGCUUGCGGAGACUUCAUUGAGGCCAACAAUCGAGCAGUACAUCAAACACAGAGUGGGUUGGUUACAUGAUAUCGAGAACAUGGUGCACACUGAAGGGCAGGCUGACCCUGGGGAAGCUCUCUUGUAG